UACAGCGUUAUCGCCGCGGGCCGCCAUUUUGAUCUUUUCAUGUGGUCAAUCUGUAGUGAAACGCGUUCUUAAUCUUAGUUUAUUAUUUAAAAAUAUUCUUCUGAGUAAAGUGAUUACCUUGUAUCAGCAAGUUUUGCGACUGCAUUUGCUAUCUGAAAAAUAAUAUAAUUUGCAAUUAUGGGACGUGGAAGAGAUCGGAGCAGGGAUAGACGUCGCAGUCGAACUAGAAGCAGAAGCAGGAGUCGCAGUCGUAGUCCGCGCUAUGGCUUGGGGUCAGGCGGCGGUGGCGGUGGUUAUGGCGGAGGGGGACGUAGGAGCAACCCCGGUGCUAAUCUUCGCAAACCUAAAUGGGAUUUAAGUCGAUUAAAACCAUUCAAGAAAGAUUUUUACGUACCACACAAUGAUGUAGAAAACAGAUCAGAAUCUGAAGUUGAAGCUUGGAGAAGUGAAAACGAAAUCACAUUAAAAGGCCGUAACAUACCGAAACCGACCUUAACAUUUGAUGAAGCUGGUUUUCCUGAUUAUGUUAUGGAUGAAAUUGAUAAAAUGGGAUUUUCAAAACCGACUCCAAUUCAAGCUCAAGGUUGGCCAAUUGCAUUAAGUGGCUAUGAUAUGGUUGGCAUCGCUUCUACAGGUUCAGGAAAGACUCUUUCAUACAUAUUGCCAGCCAUUGUACACAUAAAUAACCAGCCUAAGUCGAGCAGGGGUGAUGGACCUAUAGCAUUAGUUUUGGCUCCAACACGAGAACUCGCUCAACAAAUCCAAGAAGUUUGUGAUAAGUUUGCUAAUACAUCAAAAAUUCAUAAUACCUGUUUGUUUGGAGGGGCUCCUAAAGGACCACAAGCUAGGGAUUUAGAUGCUGGUGUUGAAAUAGUAAUAGCAACACCUGGCCGUUUGUUAGAUUUUUUGGAGAGUGGUCGAACAAACCUUAAGAGGUGUACUUAUUUGGUAUUGGAUGAAGCUGACAGAAUGUUAGAUAUGGGUUUUGAACCACAAAUCAGAAAAAUAAUAGAACAAAUCAGGCCGGACAGACAGACUCUUAUGUGGUCUGCUACUUGGCCUAGGGAAGUUCAAAGCUUAGCAUCAGAAUUUUUAAAAGACUAUUUGCAAAUUAACGUAGGAUCAUUGCAGUUGGCUGCAAAUCAUAAUAUUUUGCAGAUUAUAGAUGUUUGUAUGGAAUAUGAAAAAGAAACGAAAUUGAGUACAUUAUUAAAAGAAAUAAUGGCAGAGAAAGAAAAUAAAACUAUAAUAUUCAUUGAAACAAAACGAAGAGUAGAUGACAUAACAAGAAAAAUGAAAAGAGAUGGGUGGCCAGCUGUUUGUAUUCAUGGUGACAAAUCUCAAAAUGAACGUGACUGGGUAUUGCAAGAUUUUCGCAGUGGAAAGGCUCCUAUACUUGUAGCGACAGAUGUGGCUGCAAGAGGGUUAGAUGUUGAUGACGUGAAAUUUGUUAUAAAUUUUGAUUAUCCCAGUAAUUCCGAAGAUUAUGUUCACCGAAUUGGUAGAACAGGAAGAACUAACAAAACUGGAACUGCAUAUACUUUCUUUACACCUUCCAAUGCUGCUAAGGCCGCAGAUCUUGUUUCUGUCUUAAAAGAAGCCAAACAAGUUGUGAAUCCAAAACUGCAAGAAUUAGCUGAACGCGGCGGUGGUGGUGGCAGAAGACACCGCGGUCGCGGUGGCAGGUAUCGUAGAGGACGUCGCUCAAGAUCUCGAUCUCGAUCUCGCGACCGACGUCGUCGGUCAAGAACACGUUCACGAUCUCGGGAUCGUCGUCGUCGCAGACACAGCUCAUCCAGAUCCUCACGCAGCAGAUCGUCGAGAUCUUCGAGAAGUCACUCGCGCUCACGUUCCCGUUCACGUAGCCGAUCUCGAUCAGGCAAGUGCAGCCCACAGAAGGACGGUUCUAAUAAUGGACCCCAGCCUGCGCCUCAGGCUCUACUACCGACGCCCAAACCACUUUUGCCCACACCUAUUGGUCCGCAGUUACCCCCUUCUCAUUUUGAGAAACCUAAUGGAAAAGCUUCCUCAACACCGCCAGUUCGAAGUAAUGAGACACAACCUAGUGAUACCAACUUUUCUCCUAAAGACAAUCAUUUAAUUAAUGUUAAUAAUCACAUAAACAAUGAUACCAAUUUACAGCAGCAACAGCAACAGCAGUCAAAUUCUAUUCCGCCUUUAAUGGCUAUAAAUCCUCAAAUGACUAUGUGUGUUCCUCCUCCAAUGAACGGGCAAGGCUUUAUGAUGCCUCCAUACUUUCCUAGUGAUCAAUAUGGAAUGAUGAUGCCAUCCUUUCCUCCCAAUACUAUGCUCAAUACGGCCGGCUGGGGAGCAGCUCCCCCGCCUCCUCCACCUCCUCCUCCCUCAGAGUCAAGUGGUGGGUUUCAAAACAAUUAUGACAAUGGACAAAGUGGCUCAGGGCAUAGUCGCCUAGAGUCGGAUUCCAGAAAACGUGGAAGUCGCUCUGGUGGCCUCGGAAGUUCGGGCUCAAUGGGCUUGGGCUCUGGCGGCCUGGGGUCAGACGGAGGCAUCGGAUCCGGCAGCGGUGGCCUGGGCUCCGCCGACGGCUAUGGUGGGAGCCUGGGUUUUGGUGGCCUAGGCUCCGGUGGCGGCCUCGGCUCCGAUGAGAGCCAGAGUGGCUCUCGUUCGCGAGGCGGCCGCGACCGGCGUCGUCGAGGAAGAGGACGGGAUCACGAUGACUACAACUCGGAUAAUCCGAGUGGUGGUCUCGGGUCAUACGGCUCUGGCGGCCUGGAAGGCGGCCUGGGCCAGACAUCUGGCGGAUUAGCUUCUGGCGGUCUCAGCGUACCCCAUGGGAGCCUCUUGCCGCGCAUGCUGCCGCAGAACGUCGGAGACUUCGGUGAACAGCAGAAUGCAAACUUUACAGCAUUUGGUUCAUAUGGACCAAAAAAUAAUAAAAGAAAUCAAAUAGAUAGUGAUGGGGGUAAUUACGAUUGUAGUAAUAUGAAUAGUGUUGAUUAUUACGGCCAUCAAAAUAUGGGACCUGGCCGACCUUUCACAUCUAGCAUGGAUCCGGUUAUGUUUAAUGGUGCGCCGGCUAAUGGCUCCAUGGGGUACAGAAAUGACCGCCAGGGCAAUCGCCAGCGACGGUGAAUAAGAUCGAGAGAACGGCUAUAAUGGUGAUUCUCGUCGACGUAGGAGGCGAUAAAUGCUGAAAAUCGUCAGCGUUAAAAGAACAAGUGUAAUAAAUUUAAGGAAUUGCUAUUUUCAUUCCAUGUGCAAUUUGACAGCACUGAUUUGAUUUUAAUUUUGAUAAAAAGUAACAUUUUUAAAUAAUACGAAAAUAACAUAUAUAUAAAAUUCACAGUAACUGCUUAAACUAGAAUUAAGAAUACAUUGGUAUAUUUAAGUUCAUUAUAAACAACAUUGUAGGUUAUGUCUUUUUAACCGACCUCAAUAAAAGAGAAGGUUCUCAA